UACUCAACUACAAGACAUUUUGAGUGCACCAUACAGCAAUGUGGCAUUCAACCACUCCAGUGAUCCAUGCAGUGCAAAAAAAGGAAAAGCUCAACACAAAAUUCUUCCUGACUGGCCCUCCUUUGGUCGCCUCCCUCCUCUUCCUCUCUCCUGCAUAUUUUGUUGGGUUUGUUAUCCCAGCCGAGCGCAUUGAUGAGACCAUGGCAUUGUUGCUGGAAAUUACACAGAGCAGGUUGGUGUGCCAUGGAGACAACAACCAGAGUUAUGUGUGUGAAUCAGACCACUGCUGUGGAGAGUCUCAGUGCUGCAGCUACUACUAUGAGCUCUGGUGGUUCUGGUUGGUGUGGACUCUCAUCAUCAUAUUAAUGUGCUGCUGUGUGUCUCAGCACCGGCGCUACAAGCAGAGCUUCCAGCAGCAGAGGAGACAGAAUGAGAUCAACCUCAUUGUAUACAGAGAGGCCCACAACAACACACAGCAUCUCCCCCUCUAUCUCAGAUUCCUGCCUGACUACAUGCUGCCAACCUAUGAGGAGGUAGUUGACAGCACUGCCACUCCUCCCCCUCCCUACAGUCCCCCUCCAGUUAGCCUCUCUGUCCACCCAGCACCCUGACUGCCCUCAUCCUUCCCCCAGACCACCACCACACCCCCAGACAUAACCCCCAUUGUGGCCCCCCUUGUCUACACAGGGGUAGCAUGGAAAUGGUUUCCCUGACAACAAUAACUCGGCGUUGGGCAGGUACCUGCGCUUUACAGGCGACUCGGCAAUCGAGAUGUGUGAUAACCAGGAACUCUGGGAGGGAGGAGGAAGAGGCAUGCUGGGAAGGGAGGAGGAAGAGAACAUCUGUGAUAGAUGCAGACCCCAGAUUCAGAUCCACACAGACACCAAUAUACACACAGACACCAAUAUACACACAGACAUAGAGACUCAGAGUUGAUCCCUCAAACCUGUGAGUGAGAAGUGUGUGUGUGCCUGUGAAUGUGUCCCUCCUUAGAAGAAAGUAGCACAAUGCUUGCAUCACAAUGUGCAUUCCUCUGUAAUGCAGCCGUGCCAUAUGUAGCCUUAUCUUAAGGUGGUGAUGCACUGACCCUAAAAGCCUGGAGUCUCACUGCUGAGCCACACAAAGGCCAAUAGAUUACAGAGUUCUGCACAGUUCAAAUGAUGAAUUUAUGGCAUGUCGAACUGAAUAGAAACUAAAAGCGGGCUGGCGAGGUUGAGAGCUUUGCUGGAGGUACAAAUUGGUUUCAUAGAACCGCUUUCAACACUGCAGACUUCCUCAUUGGUUUUGGGUCGAAUUCAGGCAUAACAGCGGCCUCUUGUGUUAUAUAAUCGUUUAUUUAUUCAGACAAGACAUAAAUGACUAAAUGAGAUACACAGCCUAACAUCAACAUAUGAUGUAGGAAUAUACACAACCGGAAUAAACAAAGAAAGAGAGAUGCGCCAAGAAGGAUUACAAGGUAUUCUUAUUUUUCAUUUUGAGAUUAGCAUGGAGCAUCUUCAUCUGACCUCAUGUUAAAGAGACACCACGUUUAUUGCACAAAAAUUCACACACCUAUGCAGUGCGGAAGUUCAUGUUUGAAACGGUGAAUAUGAUCGGUUUAAUGUGUSUCGGUUAUUGUAAUGUGUCUUCAGAACUCCCUUUUACUAAUGAAUCACGAAGUCUUGUUAAGUAGCCUUUCUGUAAUAUAUUAAAUGAUUGAAUAGCCUAUGCUUUGAUUAAUACUGUGUAGCCUUAUUGGGAACUGUGUUUCAGAUAUCUCUAUAGAGUAGUAGAGCAGCUCCCAUCCUCACGGAAGUACUGUUUAUCUGAGGCCAUGAUUGUACUUCCGAUGUGGCUUUAUUUAGUAUUAUUAUUAUUAUUAUUAUACAGUGGGGAGAACAAGU